UCAACCACAGGCCUACUUCGAACUACACUCCAAAGUGUCAAGAUCAUAACAUGAGCGACGACAAGCAAUAACCCAUCAAACCAUGGCCAGCAAUCAACUCCUCGCUCUGGCCAGCUGGUACUUUCUCCCCAGACUCGUCACCGGCUACAUCCAAACGACUCUCUACUCCAUCUUCAUCCGCGCCGGCGACCCCAAACCCACUCCAGGAAGCGCUCGGUACACGCGAGACAGGCGAGCAAUCCACAUCGCCGUCAUCGUCGCCUACCUCCUCUAUACUCUCUAUGAAGCCGACUAUCAAAUCCAAUCCGCACCAGAUUUCUACCGCCUUCUCAACGUCCCACACGAUGCCUCGGAGAAAGCGAUCCAGUCUCGCUUUCGUCGUCUGACGAUUCAAUUCCAUCCUGACAAAGCCGCUCCCGGAUCUGAUAAGGCCAUGAUCGAGAAUCUCUAUGUCCAACUUACUCUUGCAAAGGAUACUCUUGUGCAUCCUGCGAAACGGUUCGCGUAUGAUCGGUGUGGACCGGAUGUGCUGCAAUGGAGUCCACAACAUCAUAAGGUGACCAAGGAUUUCGUGUUGACGGGUUUACAGCACAUUCUGGGCUACUACGGCGUCUCGAGUGGAGUUUUGGUCCUGCUCAGUACAGUGGGAUAUCUUCGACAGGGGAUGUUUUGGCGAUAUCUAGUUUUGGCUUCUCUCUUCGCGAUUGAGAUGCAAACGAUGACACGGCCGCAUUUUCCCAUAUUGUUGACCAAGAUUGUGAAUCCGUUCAUGCUCAUGACGGGUCUUCGACCGGCAUAUUUACCUUUUCAGAUGAUUACUCUGUUGCGCAAAUUUGCCGUGACGGUGUUCAUUGCCAUGAGUCAGUUGGGGCCGUUGCUGCAGGAUCCUAAACAGACGGCGUUAGAAGAGGGAGACGCGAGUGGUGGUGUUCCUGGUCCGCUGCUCGAUCGAGUCGAUGAGUUGACGAAUGCGACCAACUCGGAGCUUUCGAGAUUGAUGCAAAUGGAGUUGAUCCCGUUUGCGAGCGAGCCGAGUGCUGGAAGGCAAUUGAGGGAAACUUUGAAGAAUUGGCUGGUGCAGAACAACUUGAGAAAUGACCCAGAAGUGAACAUGGCUAUUCAGCAGGUUCUGGAGCGACGGCGAGCGGAAGGACGAGGUCACAGUACUGAUGUGAGGGUGGAAGGAAGAAGAUAGACGAAAGUGAAUACUGCAAAUGUU